CUAUUGAAACACUUAGCUAUUGUGACACAACAACCAGCGUGCAAACCUUCAGAUAUUACAGUGUGGCUGCGCCGGAGUGCGCGUCUGCGUACUUUUUUAUUCAUUCUUCAUUUAAAUUUAUUUAUUGCUAAACAAAAUUCGUUGUUUAAAAUGAUUUAAAAGUGAUUUUCAAUUUCUUAGAACGUUAGAGGUUUUUGUGGGCGAGUUAUUGUAUAUUUUUAAGUUACUUAAUUUGAAUUAUAAAAAUGUGUGCCAAAGAGACUGUUAGUAAUGCUGUCAAACCAAAGGCAAUGUUUGGCGUUCGUCAUGUGCAAGCCAUAAUGCUGUUCCUGGCUAUGCUCAUCGCUUUCAGCAUGCGGGUCAACAUGAGCAUGGCUAUCGUAGCUAUGACUGACCCCGCCAGUGCUAAUUCAUUCAACUGGAGCGUCCAAACGCAGAGCGUGAUUCUGUCGUCCUUCUUCUGGGGCUACGUGAUCCUGCAGAUCCCCGGCGGCGAGCUGGCCUCACGGUUCGGCAGCAAGAUUCUGCUCGUGCUGAGCAUUGGCAUCAACUCCGCUGCUUCGCUGCUGCUGCCCGUUGCUGCUCACUAUGGAGGCUGGCAGCUGGUCUGCGCAUGUAGGGUUAUUCAGGGCCUUUCACAAGGUUUUGUGUACCCAUCAAUGCAUUGCCUGAUUGGCAAGUGGGUCCCGUUGGAAGAAAAAAGUCGGCUUGGAACGCUAGUAUACUCAGGAGCCCAGCUCGGCACAGCCCUGCAGCUCAUGAUAUCCGGCUACAUAGCGGAGUACUGGGGCUGGCCGGCCAUCUUCUACACCAUGGGGUGCUUCGGCGUGGUGUGGACGGUCGUGUAUAUCUUCAUCGGGUCGUCCUCGCCCAAGACAUCUAAGAUCAUCAGCGAAGAAGAGAAAUCGUAUAUCGAGCAUUCGCUAGGACAAGUUGGGGAGCAAAAGAAACUGAAGACACCAUGGAAAGCUAUCCUCACAUCUCUUCCGUUCUUGUCGUUGCUGAUCGUGCACUGCGGCCACAACUGGGGCUUCUGGACCCUCAUGACCGAGAUACCUUCCUACAUGAGCAAAGUACUCGGAGUAGACAUCAAAUCGAAUGGCGUCAUGUCAGCGUUGCCGUACAUCGGGAUGUACCUCAUGAGUUUCCCGUUGGGCUUCACCUCCGACUACGUGCUGAAGAAGAAGUGGGUCAGCAUUACUACUUCGAGGAAGAUCAGUAACUCCAUCAGUCAGUACGGCCCGGCCAUCGUCCUCAUCAUUCUGUCGUACGCGCCCGCUGACGUCACAAUCGCCGUAUCGCUUUUGACUUUGACCAACUGCCUUAAUGCAGGCCAUUACACUGGCUAUUUGCUGGUGCACAUUGACAUGGCUCCGAACUUCGCGAGUACCCUCAUGGGCAUUACCAACUGCAUCGCGAACAUCGUCUCGCUUAUUGUCCCGCUGGUGGCUGGAGUUAUUUUAAAAGAUGAGACGGACCCUGGUGAUUGGCGAAAGGUUUUCUUCGUCGCGUCCGCCAUUUUUGUCAUCUGCAACACAAUUUAUGUGAUAUUCGGGACCAGUGAGAGACAGAAAUGGAAUGAACCUGUUGAAGACAGUGCGAAUGAUAAAAAUUCAUCGGAUCACAAAGCGGAGAAAGUAGUAUGAUGCCAAAGAAUAAUUUAAGAUGUAAUAAAUUGAAUAAUUAAAAAAAAAAUAGUUUUAAUAAGAAUUUCACGAAAUUGUUAUAUAUUGUUACCAACUACUUUGUCAUUUAUUUAGUAUGUAGUUAAUGUUAUACAAUUUGUACAUAAUAAUGUAGAUUUAUUUAUUAUUUUUUCUUCUAUUCAAUUCCUUCUAUAAUAACAUUUUAAGUGUUGUUAAUUUUAUUUAGAUAUAGUGUAUAAAAUUUUGGUCGACAUAAAUAUAAAUAAUAAGUUUCAUGAAUAAAUGAAUAUAAAAUUAAUACAGAUA